GCUGCCAAUCCCAGACAAAGGCCGCCCCGCGGAUCAUGUGGUGCGGCGAAGGAAGUGCAGCUUGUUUUCUGCACUCCGUGUCGGGCCACGGGCGGAGCGCGAUGCUCCGAGAACCCCGCGGGGGCGGCGGCCGCGAGCCCCGAUGAGGCGCGGGCGCCCCUGGCCGUAUGGAGGCGCCACGGUGGGACCCGGCGCGCAACGACUCGCUGUCGCCCACGCUGACCCCCGCCGUGCCCCCGCACGUGAAGCUCGGGCUCACCGUGGUCUACACCGUGUUCUACGCGCUGCUCUUCGCCUUCAUCUACGCGCAGCUCUGGCUGGUGCUGCGCUACCGCCACAAGCGGCUCAGCUACCAGAGCGUCUUCCUCUUCCUCUGCCUCUGCUGGGCCUCGCUGCGCACCGUGCUCUUCUCCUUCUACUUCAGGGACUUCGUGGCGGCCAACUCGCUGGGCCCCUUCCUCUUCUGGUUGCUCUACUGCUUCCCCGUGUGCCUCCAGUUCUUCACGCUCACGCUCAUGAACCUGUACUUCGCUCAGGUGAUUUUCAAAGCCAAGUCCAAGUACUCUCCAGAAUUACUCAAAUACCGGUUGCCCCUCUAUCUGGUCUCCCUUUUGAUCAGUCUUGUUUUCCUGCUGGUGAAUCUGACCUGUGCUGUGCUGGUGAAGACAGGAAAUUGGGAUAGGAAGGUCAUCGUCUCCGUGCGAGUGGCCAUUAAUGACACACUUUUCGUGCUGUGUGCCAUCUCUCUCUCCAUCUGUCUCUACAAAAUCUCAAAGAUGUCCUUAGCCGACAUUUACUUGGAGUCUAAGGGCUCCUCUGUGUGCCAAGUGACUGCCAUUGCUAUCACCGUCAUCCUGCUGUACACCUCCCGGGCCUGCUACAACCUGUUCGUCUUGUCCUUUUCUCAGAUGAACGUCCAGUCCUUUGAUUAUGACUGGUACAAUGUAUCAGACCAGGCAGAUCUGAAGAAUCAGCUGGGAGACGCUGGCUAUGUUGUAUUUGGAGUGGUGCUUUUUGUGUGGGAACUCUUGCCCACCACCUUGGUAGUUUACUUCUUCCGAGUUAGAAAUCCCACAAAGGACCUUACCAAUCCUGGAAUAGUCCCCAGCCACGGAUUCAGUCCCAGAUCUUACUUCUUUGACAACCCUCGAAGAUAUGACAGUGACGAUGACCUUGCCUGGAACAUUGCACCUCAGGGACUUCAGGGAAGUCUUAGUGCCCCAACCUGCCAGGAUGUCCCAGAGCUGAAGACAUCCUUAUUUGGGCAAAAAGUCCUACUUUCCACUGUAGCUUAAAGGAAAACAACCUUUGCUCCAGACUACUAUGAUUGGGGACAACAAACGAACAGCUUCCUAGCACAAGCAGGAACUUUGCAGCAAGAUUCAACUUUGGAUCCUGACAAACCAAGCCAUGGGUAGCAUCAGCUGGCUUUGUGGAAGACAUCUAUUGGAAAGCUCCACAAAGACAAACUGCAAGACGGUGGAAUCUUUAGGGCACUUUUCCUUAAGAUAUGGGACUUGAGUUUUGUUACAGGUUCCCAGAACUAAGCAAUAAUUCAGAUUCAUAGAUCCUUAUUUUAGUACUAGUAAGUAAUUUCACUGGGUAUAAUUUAAACUUUUUAAAGAAGACCUGUACUUUUAUAAAGAUGUAUUUUAUAUAACUUAAUGCUAAAGUAUACUAGGGUAUUUUCCUCAAGGAUGUUACUGCAGUAUACGUUGUAGUUUGCACAGACUUUUUAUGCAUAAUUCACUUUAAAACUGUAGGAUAUAUGGUCUGAUAGUUUUAAAGCUUUUGGACUAAAGUAUUCCUCAAAUACCUCUGAAGGUCAUUUAGACUCAUUCUACAUUGGUAAACUCCUGAGAUACAAUUGACAUCUAGAAAACGAAUUCCAGUGUUGAAAGUCAAAAUGAAAUAGUUUUUCAUCAGUCUUUUAAGUAACUGACUCUUUAAAAAAAAAAUACAAAAGUCCAGAUGCUUGGUUUCAAAGAUUUUUCUUGACAUUUUGCCAAAAGUCUGAUACUUCCUUUCAUCAGGCACCAGUGUAUACAGUUCAGUAAUAAGACGUGGACCAUGUUAACAGUGUAGCUGACUUAAACUAUUAAACCUCCUCUGAUAUAUUCAAAGUGAUUGUGCAUAGUUUUUUCAGCUCAAAUAAAAUAUCCAUUACUUCAGGACUAUAGCAAGACUACCUUUGCUAGCUCAGUGAGUGGUCACUAUAGCAAAGGAAAAACCAAGAGGACCCCAAGAGGGCAUUAUACCCCUGGUGCUAAAGUCAGAAGACUGAAAUCCUGAUAGUUUCUGUAAUCUCCAGCCAUAAAUCAUGACCUUUAUUUUUAAAUAGCUUUUUAAACAGUCAAUUGGAAGCUGUGUAUUUGAAACCAUAGUGGUAGCACUUGUCUCUUAGGGCAUGUCCCAGACAACUGCUUUGUCUUUCACUUAAAAUGUUAGGAAAUAAGACUUCUCUGACCUAAGUACCAUUCUAAACCUCCAUUAUGUAGACUCUGGAGCCAUAAAACUCAAAUCUAGAGUAUCAUUCCUCUCCACCUUGGAAUCUUACCUUGGGCAAGUGAGAAUGACUUGUAUUGAUGAGUUCUGUAGCCACUGCAGCCCACUUCUGACACUUCUUCCAAUGUCUUCAGGAAUAACUGACUUCUGGGCAUUAGUUUCACAGAAACAAGUCUACUUCUCUUAUUUUGAAGGUAUUUAAAAUCAGAACCUCAAGUUUUAAAUGAAUCACGAUUGUGUUUUUCAUUUGUAAAGAGCACCUCUGCCCUGCAGUCCCUCCUAACAUCUCUGCCUGUCCACACACAGAGCAGCCUGAGUCACCCAUCACUUAAAGUGGCAACUUCCUAGGGAAGAUUGUACACUGAAGCAAACUGCACUCCCUGUCUAGAGUAAGUUGUUUUUCUAAACAGAAACCCUGUUGUGGUCACACUAAGUCAUGUCUUCAGAAAGUCCUGCAUCCUUUAGUACAAGUGGUACCUUGGUUCACAAAUGCUUUUGUUUGCCAAAAGUUUGGUUUGCCAACAGAAGCAUUUGGCAGAAUUUUGUUUUUGUUUGUGAACUCUGCACCAGGUGACAAACACGACCGCAGCCAUCUUUCCCAGAAUCAUGGGACAAAUUAAGUUAGUGAACCAAGGUACCACUGUAUUUGGUUAGCUGAGGGGAGGUAUAUAUUAAGAGUACAGUGUCACAAAAAUUAUGUAACAGUAUCUUCUUUUUUCUUUUUGGUACCAGGGAUCAAACUCAGGACCUUGCACUUGCGAGGCAGGGGCGGUUGCCACUGAGCUGAGCCUCCGGCCCAACAGUAUCUAAAAUUGAAAUAUCUAGCAUUAUCAAACCAUAAUCUACUUUUUUGAUAAAGCUGCUAGUAUUUGUGCAAACGUAUUUUUUGCUGAAAGAUAAAAAGGAUCUAAGUGCCUAUUCUGCCCUCCUUUUAAAAAGUAAUACAGAAACUUUUAGGACUACUUGUCAUCACAUACUAGAAUACUUACUAUAAGAAUCAUGACUGGGAGGAGACUGUCCUGCCCAUCAUGCACCCUGUGAGGUGCUACGGAAGGAGAAGUGAGUGUCUCUGAGCUUCCUAUUCACCCACUGUCAGAGGCAACCAGUGCUGUUUGCUUGUGUGGAGUAUCACACAUGAGAGGAAAGGAAGGUAAUUUCUGGUUCUAAAAAAACCAAACAUUCUCUUAUUUUAAAACAACAUGAAAUUACAACUGAUACUUUGAGAGUUAAGAGUGCAUGGAGAAGAGCUGGUAUUACAGAAAGCUUUGUACCCUCAGCCAUGUCUGUCUGAACACCAUGGCUGAAAGUGUUUUGUGUUACUGGAAGGGAUGUCAUCUCUGUAGCUGUCUAAAAUUCCAACUGAUCUGUGCAGACAGCCAUCACUGGCUCUUUUCCUUAUUGUGACACUAGCACCUCCCAAACUGCUCAGUCUCUACAACUUAAAGGUGAACCUUUUAGAGACUGAGUGCUCAAACAGCAACCUAAAACCCACUUAUUUAUUGCAAAGUGACAACACUGCAAUUAAACCUGAAUACUGAGGUUUUAGUUUAAAAAACAAUAAUUCAUACAUUAGCAUCUUUUGUUUAAAAGAAAAACAAUACGCAUGUCAUAGGUUCGCCACCAACUUAAGGCAGCUGUUGUCAGUGAGCCUUGGUGUUGAGCAGAUAUUUAACCUCUGUUGAAAGCAAGAAGACACUGAGAAAAAGAUUCUCAUUCAUAUCUACAUACUGGAUAUUACUGAGAUUGCUUUCCUUUUCUUGGUGCUGGGACAAACUCAGCUCAUAUAUGCUCUGCAAGUGCUGUCACUGAGCUACGACCCCAGCCCAUAUUUUUAGCAGGUGAACUUAUGUUAAAGCUAAGUAGGUAUUCACCUGCUUUUUCCAAGCAAACAUUUCCUGUCUCUACUCCCUGAGCUGUGUCUGGACCCUGCCCUGUUUUACCUGGCACUGACUUAACACCUUGCCAAUGAAUUCUUUAGUUCUAGACCUCCCUCAUCCUUUUGGACCUUGGCUACCUUACUAGUUAUUUUGUUCAGAAUCACCGUUCUACCCCUGAACUUGAGCAUCUUUAGAACUGGAAUCCAGAGGUCUUUUCUCAGCUAGAUCUGUAACCUGUAUCUCUUCAGUCGUCAUUGUCCUCAGAAGUCUUCCCUUUCUGGGUUGGUGAUUUAGCUCAGUAGUGCCGCACCUGCCUUGAAACCACAAGGUCCUGUGUUCGAUCCCCGGUACCAGAAAAAAAAAAUGUUCUUCCUAAGCAAAAACACUAGUCAGAGGAGAACGAAAUCUUCCCUUUCUGUACUGAUUCCUGUUGCUAUGACCUUCACUCAUCAAUCUCACUGAGCCUCAGCAGUCCCUCCAAGUCAUGGUGCUUCUUGAACAUAUUAGCAAAAGUACAGAAAGAGUGUAUUUGCACAAGGAGAUACUGCUUUCCCAAGGGCCUUAAAUCUAGGUAAGUGGGAGUCCUUGCUGUGCUUCCCCUAGGAGAACUCACCAGCUUGGAGCCUAGGCUGAAAGACUGCAGGGCACUUACCCACCUGAAGGGGUACUUUCUGUGAAGGAAGGCUAUAACAUGAUAUCAGAGGUAAGCCCCAGCCAACAGGUGUUUGGGAAAUGACUUCACCUAUGACAAUGUAAUGGCACUGUCAGGAACACACUACAGUUGAUUCCUGUGGAGGGCACCUUCUCCGCUACACAGGUUUUUCUAGGUUAGCACAUGUCCUCUUAGCUGACAAUUUUAUUGGGAUGGUUUCCCACUAUAAAUGGUAUAUAAUCUAGUUAAGCUAUACAAUGGUAACUUCUUACACUUACACUUUUUGUUUGGUACCAGGGAUCGAACUUGGGCCCUUGUGCUUGUGAAGCAGAUGCCGGAACCAUUGAGCUAAAUCCCUGGCCCUACACUUACACUUUUAUCUACUGUGUGUUGAUUUUACGGGUUUACUGCCCAUGCAAAGUCUCCUCCCUCUUAUGAAUCUUUGACAGAUGUCCACAAGUUGGAUAUUUGUCAAAGAUUCAUAAUGAGAAAAAGGUAAUAAACAUUUUAUAUGUACAUAAUCCUCAAAUCAUUCUUGGAGACUGUUAAAAUAGAAGCACCAAGAUUAAUUCUGUCUACACAGGCACUAUACCAUGCCUCUAUUUGCCUAUAACUGUUUAGAAGAUAGAAUAUUGAAAUAACCCACACAGUAAAAAAAUAGAUCUUUACAAGGUAAAGAGUCAAAUCAAAAGAAUAACUAUACGGCACCUGCCUCGCAAGUGCAAGGUCCUGAGUUUGAUCCCCGGUACCAAAAAAAAAAAAGAAUAACUAUGUGGGUAAAAGUGUUCCAUGUGUUGAUUAUUUUAAGCUCAUAUGGAAAAAAUAAGAAUAACUGUGGUAGAAAAGUGGGCAAAAAAUAUGAAUAUAAAUAUAUACAAAUGGCUCUUAAACAUUAAAAGUUGGUCAGCUUUGCUCAUAGUAAGAAUAUAAACUAAAAAACACGGGCCAUUCUGAUAAAUUGAAAAAAAAAUGAUCAACAACUCCAGCAUUAUAACAUCUCUGACAAUAAAGUUGUGGGUAAGCAAGUACAGUGAUAAAUUUCAGAUGGCAUGUGAAUUGGUACUGUCCCCCCAGGUAGGACAGUAUAUCAGCUAGUGUCCUUUAAAGUGUCAAAGGCACAUGCUCUUUGACCUCAAAAUUCCACUUAUGGGUAUUUCUUCUGUAGGUAUGUAUGCAAACGUGAAAUGACAUGUAAUAGUUUAGAAACAACCCAAAUGCCCAUUAAUGGGACCAGUUAAAUGAUGGCACAUCCAUAUAAUGUAGUACCAGGCACCCCCUGAAAAAGUAAUAUGGCUUAUCUAGUGAUAUGUGGAAAAAAGCAAAACAGUAUGUAUAUGAUGUCACUUUGGAUAAAAAUGAAAGAAAAAAUAAGACUAUAUUUAUAUAUGCCUUAAAAAGUAUGGAUAUGAAAAUAGGAGAUAGAGAAACCAUGGGCAGAUAGGAAAGGGACCUGAGUUAACCAUGAUAAGCCCUGGGAAAAUUGGAACAUGAGAUAAACUGAAGUGUGCCCCGGGAACCUGGAGGGCAGGGAAGUCUGUCCUCCUGAAAUGAGAGGUCUAGCUAAAAAAAUAUUGUUCCAUUUUCAUGCACCCACCAAAAUAGCCCAACAAAGUACAUAAAAACCCCUGACAAUGGGUGCUGCCUCGGCAUCAUCCAUCCCUUAGAGCUACUUCUUUGCUAAUGAGAGCUUCUCUUUGUUCUAAUAAACUCUCUCCAUUUGUCCCCCAA